GUCUCUGCCUCUCUCCCUCACGAAGUCAUUUUGAAGUGUGAGAUCCAUGUGGCUAGUUCGCCGGCACGUUUGCCGUCACCAGAGGGGAAAGGGAUAAAGGGACAGAAGACAAAAACAGCGCGACAGAGUAAUCACAUGGGCAGAACAUUUAGUACCCUGGAUAUGAGAUGAGAGGGGCGGGCUUGCAUUAGGCGCUAUAGAUGGUUGAAAAUCAACCAACUGAAAAUCCAGAGGGUCACUGGCUGUUUCGGGAAAGGAAUAAUAACCUAAAAAAGGAGCACAAGAAAAUUGUUACUGUGUGAUGCCCACACGCAGAAAUGACCACUGAUCAGGAUCUGCCCAUGGAUGGCCCGUCAGCCACAGCUGUGUUUGCUGCAAAGGGUAUUGAUGUAACACCUGAUAAAGACCAAGGAGUUAUCAAGGUUGUGAAGCGUCAGGGGCUAGAUGGAGACAGGCCAAUGAUUGGGGACAGAGUGACCGUCCACUACACUGGGAAGCUACUCACUGGGAAAAAGUUUGACUGUAGUCGAGAUCGCAAAGAACCCUUCUGCUUCAAUGUGGGCAAGGGACAAGUCCUCAAGGCUUGGGAUAUUGGUGUGUUGUCCAUGCAACGGGGUGAGGUGUGCACGUUUCUGUGUAAGCCAGAGUAUGCUUAUGGAUCUUCCGGAAAUCCUGACAAAAUUCCUCCCAGCUCUUCAGUAGUGUUUGAGAUGGAGCUACUCAAGUUUGAAGGAGAGAUGCUGACAGACGAUGGUGGUAUCUUAAGAAGAAUAAAGGUCAAAGGGGACGGUUACAGUAAUCCCAACGAUGGAGCAACUGUUGACGUGCACCUGGAGGGAAGCUGUGGUGGUCGACUGUUUGACUGCAGGGAUGUCAGCUUUAUUGUUGGUGAGGCUGAAGAUAAAGGGAUUCCUCGUGGAGUGGACCAAGCCAUGGACAAGAUGCAGAAAGGAGAGUGCUGUGUACUUUACUUAAAACCAAAGUAUGGCUUUGGAAGUGAAGGUAAACAAGAGUACAAAAUUGGGCCAGACAAAGACAUCAUAUACGAAGUUACCCUCAAAGACUUUCAAAGGGCUAAAGAAUCCUGGGAAAUGGAUUUAAAAGAAAAGCUGGAUUUGGCUCCUGGGGUUAAGCAUAAAGGGAAUCAGUAUUUUAAGACAGGACGGUACUACCAGGCUGUCACCCAGUACCAGCGCCUCGUUGUCUGGCUAGAAAUGGAGUGUGGCAAUGGGGUAGAGCAGCAGAAGAGGAUACAGGACUUUAUUUUGACAUCACACCUCAAUUUAGCGUUGUGUUUCCUGCGGAUAAAAGAGUUCACACAAGUAGUAGAGAAUUGCAACAAGGCGAUUGAGCUCGAAGAGAACAAUGAGAAGGCUUUGUAUCGCCGCGGGCUGGCCCGUCUCCUUCGUAACGAGUUCAGCUUGGCCAUGGCAGACUUUCAGCAAGUGCUGCAAGUCAACCACUCAAAUCGAGCAGCUCGUGCUCAGAUUUCCAACUGCCAGAGGAAGAUUAAGGAACAUCAUGAACAGGACAAGAAGACCUACGCCAACAUGUUCCAGAAAUUUGCAGAAUGGGAUGCCAAGAUUGGGAAGACAAAGAGGAGACGGGAUGAAAGCGUGAGGAGUGGCAUGAAUGGAGAAGUGGGCAUUAAACGACGCCGGAGGAGUCGGGACUAUCCAUCAUAACAGUGACAUUUAAAAGACAAAAACAAAGACAUGCCUCCCUUUGCUUUCAGAGCCCAGAGAGCAGAGGCAGGAACAAAGUCAUAUAUAGGCCUCUAACCCAAACAUCUUUAUCCCAAAAUCCAUCGUUACCAUUCCUGCAUAUAAAACGGUGGGUGUAAGCAGGGACGUUUGCAAGCCAAACAGCAUUUCCUCUGUCACAUGGACUGUACAGCUGCCAGGAUGUACCUCCCUGUGUAAGUAGUACAGCAGAAUCAGUGCGUUAAGAUUGGUGAGCACUUCUAGCCUCCGCCUUUUAUUUAGAAAACAAUACAGUUUAUUUCUUCAAAAACACAGAGGAAUUCCAUUUUUUGCCAUUAGGUUAUUGUGUGGAGUUGAGAUGUUUCUGAUUCCCAAAGUGUACUUGUUGGUUUUCAGACCUCUGAUUUGUAUUUAGUAUGAAGCCUUUUUCUUGGGCAGCUGCAUGCAUGUAUCAUGAGGUAUUUGAAAGCUUGAAACAUUGCUAUUUUUUUAAAUGUGCAAUAUGUACUUUGGGUAAAAGGUGUAACAAGACCCAUUAGCUAAGUGGUAUCUCAAACAGAAACACAUAAUGUAACUGAAUUCCUAAAAAAAAAUAAAUCAAAAAUAACAACAGAGUAGGAAAGCCUGCAUUCAUUUAAUGUAAAACUCAAUAUACAAAAAUACUUCAAGUCCAGCACAAAAAAACUUAAACCCUCCUCCAAUAAUGAAACAUCAAUAUUGUCAUAAAUCACUGACCUCAAGUUUCCAAUCAGCAGAGGCAGAGAAUAGAAUCUGAGAAAAGCACAAACUACAUAAAAUACCAAAACGGUAAUUUUGGUGUUCUGGCAAUUCCCAAUUUUAGGUUAUUGCUAGUAACAGCCGAAUUAAUAUGAGAUUAAUUUAUGACAUUAAGCUACUAACCAUAAAGCCUGUAACAAAACCUAAACUGUGGUGUAGAGAGAUUAUUUCCAGAAGUACAACCCAAAUUUUGCCCCUUGUUUUGGGCAAAGAUGAGGCAUUGUUUUACAAAGAUGGAAAAGGCCACAGCCAUGCACUAAAAUAAUUUAUUCAUGAAUACACACAUAAUAGGUUGUUAUUAAUUUAAUAAACUUGUGUUUUAUCCAUUACACACAUUAUGCAGUGCAAACAAUGCUUUUUAUGAGAAGCCAGUCCAAAAUUCUAGUUGAUCAAGUAAAACAACUGAUAAGAGGCGUCUAUGGAAGUGAUAACAGAUGAUAACAUCAUUUUUUGAUGGACUGAUUCAAAUUUAACCUGUAGGCAGCUGAAAAAACUAAAUCCUUCUGCACCUCUGACUUUAGUGACCGCGACUCACAGUUUUUUCUUCUGUUGCACUCAUUGUAUGCUUAUCUAUAUGCUAAUUGCAUAAACAGCAUGGCACAAUCUUCAACGCACAGAAAUACUUAAUUCAACAAGUGAAAACAUGCAGCAUUUCUUAGAUUAACCUCCAUCCUCAUGAUUAUGAUUCAAACUUCUCACAAAAGGAAUUUGAUUAAAAAAUCACCCCAUUCCCAUCUUUGUAUUUGAGAGAGCAGAUACACUAGAAUUAACUCUCUGAGAGUGCAAGUGAGAUAGGGACACACACACCGCAAAUAAGCUUUAAAAUCGUCAGAACCACAUGUUUCACAAAUGUCACGAAUUCUUGCUCUGGUAAUGUGAUCAACUACAUCCUUUUUCAUCUGCGUAGUUCUUUUUGCCUGAGUCCCGGGACAGGUGUCUCUUUAUUUCACUGCAUUUUCUUUUUUAAAUGUGUGAAUGUUUGUAGAUAGUGGACAAUGAUGCACUUUGGUGACUGUCAAACCAACACUGUUAUCUUGUCAUAAUAAUGUCCGGAUAAAAUCUUGACAAUAAUCUUGCAAUGUUUUUUAAACAUUGGUUGGUUCCGAAUGAAAACCUUAGCUGUCUUAAAUAUUUUGUUUUAAAAAAAAUUCAACAGUGUGUAUGUGUGUUAUUAUAUAUUGUUGUUAACAAGGUUUUUAAACAGCUUUUUGCUAGAUGUUUUCAAGUACUGCUGGCUCUAAACAUUCAAACAUGUUGUAGUGUGGAAAUGAGCAUGAAGUAAUGUUUCCACCAAGUCCUAUUUAAGGAUAUACAAAAUAUUUAUCCCCCAUUGUCAAGUACAAAAAGAUUUCCAGCCCUCUUAGUGCUACAUCUAUUGUUGAUAACUUGAAAAUGCAAAUUACAGGCAUAAUUUAGAAAGAUAUGACAUAAACAAGCAGCAUAAAAUGCAGCUCGUUAAAAACACAGCCGACGUGAGAUUAUUAUGUCAUACAAAAUGUUUACAUGUAUUCAAAAGAUCUUUGCUGUGUAAAGCGUGAUCAGAUGUGAUCAGUGUUUUAAACCGUUUUCAAACAACAAAUUACAUAAGGUACCUUGUUCAUGUUUUCUAUACAUAUCCUUUUUUUCCUUUUGCACUUUAAAAGCAUUAAAUAAAUCCAAGAGUUGCACUCAAAGAAAAAUGUCAUUCUUCAAGUUAGAGCUCAAUAUAAUAAUAACUAAAGUUUUCUUUUGACAGUAGCAUAGCGGUAUUGUCAUAAAAAUGGUUCAAUGGGAAAAUUAUGGAGUGGUUUUAAUUGAUCCAAUCUGAUACAGCAUAUCGCUACCCUUCAGCAUCACCAUUACCAACAUCUUUGACAUGUUAAUUUAAUUCUCUUUUUUGGUUUUGUUAGGGGGGUGGUACGGUGGUCCGGUGGAUAGCACUGUGGCCUCCCAGAAGAAACACCGGCUUUACUUCGUGGAGUUUGAAUGUUCUCCCCAUGUCUGCGUGGGUUCUCCCACUGUCUAAAGGCAUGCGGCGUAGGUUGAUUGGUGACCCUAAAUUGUCCUUAGGUGUGAGUGUGACUGGUUGUUUGUCUAUGUGUGGCCCUGCAAUCGAUUGGCGACCUGUCCAGGGUGUACCCCGCCUUUCACCCGAUGUCAGCUGGGAUUGGCUCCUGCCCCCCGCGACCCUGUACGCAGGAUAAGCGGUUGACGGAUGGAUGGUGUUAGGGUAUGUCUAACACCAUCUGUCUUUCCAGUAAAAUUGUCCCUUGCCUUUAACUUAAUCUUACAUGUUUCCUCAUCAAAGAGUUUGAAACUGUUUGAAAAAAACAUUAACAUUUAAUUAUCAGAACCUAAUUUGUAACUACAGAUUUUGUUCAGCUGUGUAUUCUUUGAACACUCUAUUUUUGGAAAGUCAAAUCCAGACAUAGGAAUAAUUGCAGAUCAUAAAUGUGGCCUCACAGCUAAUCAUUCAUACUGGCAGUUAAUGUUCACGCUCAGGUUUAGCCAGGUAAUCCUUUCCUUUAAUGCUGCUACAAGCAGAUCAAAGCUCAAUUCCAGCUAUACGUAUGUUACAUGUGCCACAUUUUCUUAAACCUGCGGUAACUGAUUUCUUUUGGCCACUUUGGGACUGACACAGGGCCGGCCCUGGCAGUGUUGUAGCCCUAGGCAAAAAUUUAUAUUGGGGGAAACACAAAAUUCAUGACACAGGUGAAAAUUCUAAAUAUUAACAAUUAGUAGAAUAUAAAGCAGUAAGGCUUUCAGGCAUUCUCUAGCUAUUGUCUUUUAAUAUGUUUUUUCCUGUAGAUCAACUUUUCCCAUUUAAUAAAAUCCCUGCUGAGUCAACACACGA